UUCUUUUAGUUUUACCGCAGGUGCCAAGCCCACGCGUGAAACACUGUGAGAGCGCAAACAACGUCUAUACUAAACGUAUUUUUUUAAUCUUGGGAUUGUCUGUAAAGUUCCCAAUCAGAUUCCAUCACAUCUGCUACUCAAGUACUUUGUCUUCCCAGAGUUUUUUCACUGGUCACCGCUACAAGCGACUAUAUAUAAGGAGGAUGUCUUCACAAGACCGAAAGUACUUCCGCUUUCGUUUCUGCCGAGUUCUGGCUCUACUUUUCCUGUUUACAUCACCAACGAAGUCGGUCAUCGAACCAGAAGGCUGUCUUAAGCUAGUGAGUGCCUUGAUGACAUCCCAAUCAGACGAAGAGUUCAACAAAUACCUCAUGCAAUGCCUGGCUUCAGUGGAUUGGAAACAGUUAAGUCAGUUAUUUAAAUUCGCCGUCCAAAACUUCCAAGACGUGAUCGAGAAAAUACCACCUGAAAUUGCAAAUUCUGCAAAGGGAAAUCUUUUUAUCACGUCUGUGUAUUUAAUAUGCUUAAGUUAUCAACUCUACAAAGAGGCUGUGACCUUGGCUGAAAACUACGAGGAACAUCGGCGUAGGUUCGAGGAGUUACAGACAAAAAUGAAACCCGUAUUGCAAGCUAUAAUGGCACACUUUUACUCAGAGCCAAAGAACAUUAACUUUACCACGAUGCACGCCAAAAUUGAGAGCGUAUUGGAAAUGCUGAAUCCUUUUUACACAGAGCUUGAGAAGUUUACUGAAGACCUAAAAAAAGACAUCAUCGAAAAUCAAACGAAAAAAGGCUUUACCAUUGCAGGCGGUUUUGCUUCGUCAGUCAUUUGUGUUGGUUCCUUCUUACUUAUCAGUCCUAUGGUAGGAUUUUCAGUAUGCGUUCCUGCUCUUGGAAGUGUUCCUGCUUUAAUCAUACAUUUCCGUUCUCUUGACGAAACCCAUGAAAAUCAGAACCAGUUGCAGAGGGACACGAGCAAGCUACGUCGAGAUUUAGCACAGCAUCGAGCUCAGCUUCAAUUAUCACUUGCUUUGAUGAAAGGGCCAGCAGUGGACAUUCACAUUCGAAGCGAGGGUUGUGAAGAUCCAGGACGAACUCAAGUUUCAAACUCAUGUGGCUUCACUAAAAUCGAGGUGAAUGGAAAGGACUUCUCUCCUCACGGCAGGGGAUAUAACGUUGUAGUUGUUGAUGGCAGAACAGGUGGCAUUCUCGAGGGAAAAGCAUUUGAUACGCAGUAUAGCUCAGGUGCCGCUGAUCGCCUUAGAGGAUAUCUCAACGGCCUCAACGGAAAUAAAAUCGUUUUAGUAGCGAUUCAAGAAGAAGGUUCAUUUCACGUGACACCGGCACUUGACGCUCUCAAGAGAUUGGGAGCAAAGGACCCUGUGCUGCCGGAUUUCCGAGGAUCUUUUGCGCUCGCUGGAUACGCAGGAGCAAACAAACCACUGUGGAUUACACAGAAAAUGGCCAAGAGAGGUCUGGGACCAGUUGAGAUAACUCUAAAAAUUCCCUUGUCAUUAAAGUAAUAACGUUCAUCGUGAUCUUCUCUUGGAUAACCAAGGGUUGGGGAGGGAAGAGGGUGCGGGGGGAGAACUGAUCGCUUGCACACAAAUUCAACAUAUUAGCCGACGGGGAGAAAUAAUGAUAAUUAUUUCUCCUCCUCCUCACUAGAUGUCAUGCUUCACACUUUCGUUUUCGGUCCCGUGCCAAAUUAAGUAACCUUAAGACUCCAAAAAAAAGUUUUACAGGUAUUUCGACCUUAGCCACCUUAUGUGGAGGAAGAAUCUUUGCACAAAUCCUAAUCUUCUUCGGUUAACUUUCUGCGAGACUCAGAAAACUAUAACGAUUAUAGAUAGAUUCUGACAAGUCAGUUAUACAUUAAACAAACCUCUAAACCACAAUUCUAUAGCUCACUCACUUUUUCCUUCGAACGCAACAUCCCUGAGCUUUAUAGCAAAGCACGGGAGUGCUUCCUGCUAAUUUUUUUAGAAGUUAACAAACCGUUCUGUCGAGAUGCGCUCUUUUGAAGACCGUAAGAGACGUGUAUGUGUGUGUGUAAGAAGAAUUUCAAUUUUUAAUCCAUUUAUUAGUAACAUUUGACAAGGCUGGCUCAGUUCAGCUGUAAGCUGGUUUAAAUGGAAGCCUAAAUUUUAAAAUAGCUACAUUGCCUUAUUAUGUACGUUUGCCUUUUCUAAAUAAUUAGUUUUUUGUAAAUGGAUGUGGGAUCAAUAUUGAUUAUACAAUAUGGAACCCCAUAAGGAACAGUAAUGAUGUUUUGAAUUAAUUUCCCAGAUUCAGUUUACCGAAAGGAUUUGGGGUAUUAAAGAACACUCACAAUAGUUAGAAGUUACAACCACAUAACCACGUUGACUCAUUAAGGGCACUUAAGUAUUAUAUACCACUCUCGAUCUGUACCUAAGGCAUAAAAGUAAUUAUGCAAAUUGGGAAUGACAGGAAGGUAUGAUGUUCUAACCAGUUCACGUAAUAUGUCGCCGUUACCUUUCUGAUAAAUUAGGGGAGUAGUGGCUUUCCUUUCCUCUUAAUAACUAGGUAUAAUUUGUAAAAGUUAUUACAAUCUUUCGGAAAGCAACUUUUGUAUAACACUAGUUAGAGUUCUUGGGCUAUUUCCAAUAAAAAUUUACACGCAAAA